GUUUUGUGGUCCUGUGUCGUCACAUCCGGUUUGGAGGUGCAUGUUGUCCGCGCUGGUCUUGGCUUCUGGAGGUGCAGGAUUUUGCUCAAUAAUUCAAUAUCUACCCUUCUUUUUUACAUUUUAGUUAAUGACACGUAGCGGACAAUAGCUCCUGGUGUAAGCGAUUAACAGACAAUGGCACUCCAAAGGUUGUCAUUACGAGUACGACAGACGAUAAACCAUGCUAGGGCCCUCCACUCCACAUCUAUCUGUCAGCAGCAGGAGGCUCUGAUUGAUCACUCAUACCCAGACCAGUUCUCCAUCUUCAGAAGCCCAGAACAUGAUCCAGCAUCCCAGACAGAGAACCAUAUUGGACAGUUUUACACAGUGCCAGCUUCGCAUAUGCACACUCUCUUCCCCCACGGGCUCCCUCCGCGAUACCAGCAGCAGAUAAAGACUUUUAAUGAAUCCUGUGUUAUGAUAAGACAGCCAGCCCUUGAGGUUAUCUCCUAUCUUAAGCAAGCAGACUACACCAAACCUGCUCUGCGAUACAUAUUUUGUAUCCUUUACACAGUUCAAGUGGUUCUCCAUCUGUCUAUUGUUCAGUUGUCAAAAUCACUGCCACACUACCCUAAAACUAAUCCUGAGAGUAGAUACAUAUUUGAGCAAGUAUUAAUGCUGAAAGUAAAUAAAUAGGACAGAAUUGGACCUUUCUGGAUUGUUUUUAAUUGUCUGGAUUUAUAUCAGAAAAUAAUAUAAGACCACACAUUGAUUUUAAAGCAAGUCAUUAUUACUUUCUAUUGUUAAACAAAGAGAAAUUGUUAAGUGUUUAGUAUCAAAAUUUACU